GAUGAGAGUUGAAAAUGUUUUAGAAUCCUUUCACACAUCUAAUUAGCAAUCGCUAGAUAAUUUCCAUUAGAAAAGAAUCUAAUUGUCGAAAUGAUUUCCAAAGAGUUCUGUAAGAACACUUGUGAAAUGCAGAAUUGACAUCAAGAAAUUCAUGCUACGAAGAAAAAAAAGAGCAGCAUCAAGGUGACUGCUUGAUUUCUUUUUCUUUUCUUUUUUCCAACACUAUGCGUAUCUGUUACUAUGACUUACUUGGUAUUGAAAAGCAAGCAACUGCUCUCGAUAUCAAGAAGGCCUAUAGAAAACAAGCUUUAGUAUGGCAUCCAGAUAAAAAUGGUGAUCGAAUUCAAGAAGCAACUGAACGAUUUGCCAUGAUCCAGGAAGCUUAUGAAGUGUUGUCUGAUCCUCAAGAACGAUCCUGGUACGAUGGACACCGAGAUUCUAUCUUGCGAGGUGAAGAUCAUAGUGGACAAAGAGACAGUAGCGCAGGAACUACCGCAGAAGAUCUUAUGGGGUACUUUAGUGUCUCUGAAUUCAAGGGUUAUGAAGAUACACCUAAAGGAUUUUAUAAUGUCUAUCGCAACCUGUUUCAAAGACUUGCAAAUGAAGAAGAAGAAGCGUUUCGUAAUAACCCACCAGAAGACGAUGAUGAUAUUCAUUCUGCCACUUAUUAUCCUUCGUUUGGUAACGCAGAAACAUCCUUUAUAGACGCCAAUGAAGGAUAUAGUGUAAAAGACUUUUAUGGUGCCUGGUCUAACUUUAGUACUGUGAAAUCAUUUGCUUGGAUGGACAAGUGGAGAUUAUCUGAUGCUCCUAAUCGAUAUGUACGAAGACAAAUGGAAAAAGAAAAUAAGAAGGCAAGAGAAGUUGGCCGUAAAGAAUACAAUGAUACAGUUAGAAGUUUAGCUGAAUUCCUGAGGAAGCGCGAUCCUCGUGUUAAGACUUAUUUAGCAGAAGAACAAAAGAGGAAAGAAGCAGUGGCUGCAGAGAAUAAAGCACGUUUACUAAGAGAGAAGCAAGAAUUACAGGCUAAAGUGGCUGAAUAUCAAGUACCUGAAUGGGCUCAAGUAGAAGAAGAGGAGCUUGAUGAAGAAGAGGACCUAUCAGAAGAAGAAGAGCAAGCUGACGAAUUUUACUGUGUUGUUUGUGAUAAAGCAUAUAAAAGUGAAAGACAGUUUACAAGCCAUGAACUUAGUAAAAGACACAAUGAAAAUUUGGAGCUUUUGCGACAAGAAAUGCUGGAAGAGGAUGAGAAUUUUGAAUUUGGUAAAGAAGUAGACGAGAAUUUGGAUGCAGGCAUUCCUAUAGAUAUGGUAGAACAAUUAGACGAAUUGCAAUUAGAAGAACAAGAAGAAAUGAUACCCGUUACAAAAGAUAAGAAAAAGAAAAAGAGGAAGAACAAAAUGACACCUCAUUGGGGAUUUGAUGAAGAAGCAGUGCCUGAGAAUAUUGAUGAAGUCAGUGCUUUGGCUGCUGCACUAGAAGAAGAAAAAUCAAGAAGAAGAAGAAAAGGAAACAAUAGAGCCCAAUCGCCUGAAAUUGAACCUGUGGAAGCUACUGAUGCACCUGUAGAAAAAGAAAGUGCAAAGACAAAACGGGAGAAGCGUAAAGAGAAGAAGAAGUUGAAAGAGGAAAAUUCUGAGACUACUUGUAAUGUAUGUUCUGAACAAUUUGAGACUCGCAAUCAAUUGUUUAGUCAUAUUAAAGAUACUGGACAUGCUCUCGCUUCACAAGAAGGAGGCAAGGGCAAUAAGAAAGGGAAAAGACGUUAAAUAAACUUUAUUGUAAUACAG